AUGUCUGGCAUAACUUCACACAAGAUGACCGUGUUUGCGUUCAUCAUCAUCAACAAGGCUGGUGGCUUAAUCUACAACAAGGUCUUUCACGAGGCGGGCCUACAAAAGAUCAGCACAAAUGACUACCUCGUCCUCGCGGGUACCUUCCAUGGUGUCCACGCCAUCACAGCCAGGCUCAACCCCAUGAGGCCUGUAGCGCCGCCGACCGCGCCCGGCGGCGUCCCGAGCAGGGCGGAGCCGUCUUCGGGGCUCGAGGUGCUCGAGACGGAAAACUUUCGCCUGCAGUGCUUCAACACCAUGACGGGGACCAAGUUCCUGCUCUUCACGGACACAACGCAGACCAACGUCGACGUCACCAUACGGCGGAUAUACGACCUAUACGCCGACUACGUGAUGAAGAAUCCGUUCUACUCAUUGGAAAUGCCGGUGCGGUGCGACAUUUUUGACCGCAAGCUGUUGUCGUACAUUAGGGAGAUUAACAACCGCUAA